GAUUUAAUUGUGUAUGAAACUGAAACCUAAAAAAGCUAAAGAUACGAACUUUGCAAUUGUGAGCUUUCGAAAAAAAUGAACACAACCUCUGACCUCCAUGGCCGUCGUCUUCUCCGAUUAUCUGAACAAAUAUUAGAGAUUCUCAAACGCACACAGUACACACCGCAAGAGAGCAGCAAAGUAUCCACCAAAGAUAUACUCUUUUCCUUGUUGUUACCAAACACUUCGUCUCCUAACCAAGUCAGUGAAGAAGAGUCGAUCAAGAAUCUCGCGCUUGUUUGUGCACUUCUCUCUUCUUCACGUUCCUCCACUCACGAACUACUCUCAUGGAUUCCAGAUAACCUCUCUGCCAUUGGGGAGUCUACAUUUCGCGAGAUUUCGAGAGAUUGUUUAAGUGAUUUUCCUAGUAAUGCUGAGGAGCUCGAGGAAUUGGUAGUUGAUUGUGGGGAGAUUGAAUUGUUGCCGAUUGUUUUGCCGGAGCUGAAAGAUGGAAUCGAAAAGAGUUCACUUGGUAAGAGCAGUGAUGCAGAGGAUGUUGUAGCUGCAAUGGCGAGAACACCUGUUGGUUAUGCGAUCAUUGCGGCUCACCAGCUCAGGAGGUUUGUGACUCAGGUUGAGAAACCAAAUCUGGUGAAAUUUUGCAACUUGGUGGUUCCUUGUGCUUUGACAGCACUUGAUCAUUGGUCUCCUGAAGUCAAAGGGCAAGGUAUGAUAUGCUUAGUUCAUCUUGCUAAAAAUGUGACUUCAGGUGACCUCGGUUUGUAUGGAGAUGUGGUUCUUGAUGCGUGUUGCCAGAAUAUAGCUUCUGAUGAUGUGAUUUGGAUACAUGUGGUGGAGUUAUCUGUGCUUCUUGUGACUAAAAUCCACCCAAAUAAUCCCCGUAGCCCCUGGUACGAGAAGAUUAUGAAUGAGAUGCUUGGCCAUUUGGAACGCCAACCAAGAAAUAAGGAGCGACGUAUCGCUUGGCUAAGAUUCAUUGAGCCACUCUUGAACGCUCUAGGGCUUUUCUUACUUGCUCAUUUUCGACGUAUCUUCCCUCUUUUCUUUCAGUGGAUGCAUUCAGACGACGCUGAAACUGUUUUGUUGGUUCUUGAGAGACUGGAGACGGUUGUGAGGUUGACGUGGAUUAGAAACUCACCUUUCAUCACAAGAUUGGUGGAGGAGCUAGUUUCCUUGUACAAAGAGUCAUCAACUCGUAAGGAUCGUGAUGAGAUUAGAACUCUUAUCCUCCUUAUCUUGAUGCUACUCCGCCAGUGCAAAAGCUUACAAUUUGAGUCAGCUUGGAGUCAGUACCAGGAGGAUCCAAAUCUGAGCACUGUUAGUGAAUAUAUAUUGGCUAGUUCUAGUUGAUAUCAAGAGCCUCUGUUUGACUUAUAAGCAUACGGUUCAUGACAAAAUCAGCCAUUCUUUUUUCUUCUAAUUCUCUGAUAAUUAGUUGUCUAGGCCGAGUGAUGCACUGUAAUUACUGGCUAAUUUAUGUUUGACUUAUUGUAUGAAUUUGGUUCUUUGAAGCGAAAUUGUAGAAGAAGCUAGAAGUAUA